GCGGAGCUGAGCGGCGGCGCGGAGCGGAGAGCGGCGGAACGGGCGGCGAGGUGAGCGCGGCGCGGUGCCUGCCCCGCUCCAGGGCGGCGGGACCGGUUCGGGUCGGGACAGCUCCGGGAGUGCGGGAUGUAGACGGGGAGGGUGGGGAGCGGGAGCACCGGGGGCCGGGAUGUGCACCGGGAGCCCUGGGGAGCGAGAGCACCGGAGAGUGUGGGAGAUGAGCCGGGAGGCUCGGGAGCGGAUGCCCCACGGGGACGAGCAGAGCCACGGGAAGCAGGUGCCCUGCGGGGAUGGGCUGGGCACUGGAGCCCCGGGGCGUGAUGGCUGGGUGUGAGGGAUGGAUGACCGCUGGGAUCCUCCAGGUGUGGGAGCCCGAGAGGAUGCGGGUGGUGCACUGGGAGCACAGCAGCACGCUGUCACACCAAACCGGAGGUUCUGGCUCGCAGGGACCGGAGCAGCAGUUGGUGCCCAGUGCUGACCCUACUGCUCUUUUUGCAGGAGCCGGGCGGCAGCCGAGUCAAUUCCCACCACUGCCGUGGGCCGGAUGGGUGGCACGCGCGGUGCAUCACGACGGGCAGCUCUUCGUGCUGGGUGGCUGCGGAGGCAGCGGGAGAGCCCUGGGAGCUGCUGAGGUGCUUGACCUCCAGGCCCAGUGCUGGACCGCACUCCCUCCGCUGCCCACGCCACGGGCUGGUGCUGCCACCCUUGCCGUGGGCAAACAGAUCCUGGCGGUGGGCGGUGUGGACGCCUCGCAGAGCCCCCUCGCCUCCGUCGAGAUCUACCACGUGGAUGAGGGCAGGUGGGAGAAGAAGGCUGCGCUGGCACAGCCCUCCAUGGGCAUCGCGGCCGUGCAGAGAGAUGGUGCCGUCUAUGUGCUGGGGGGAAUGGGAGCAGACACCUCUCCGCAGGCGCUGGUCCGCGUCUAUGAGCCAGCGAAGGACCACUGGCAGCCGCUGCCCUCCAUGCCCACACCAUGCUAUGGGGCCUCUGCCUUCCUGCAGGGCAACAAGAUCUUUGUCUUGGGGGGCCGGCAAGGCAAGCUGCCCGUCACCGCCUUUGAGGCUUUUGACCUGGAGACAAAGAGCUGGACGCGCUACCCCAGCGUGCCCAGCCGCCGCGCCUUCGCCUCCUGCGCCAUGGCCGACAGCAUCUUCUUCAGCCUGGGGGGGCUGCAGCAGCCAGGGCCACACAACUUCUACUCCCGACCGCACUUCGUUAACACCGUGGAGAUGUUCGACCCCGUGCAGGGUGCAUGGUGCAAGCCCAGCCGUGCCAUCCGCAUGAGAGAGAAGAGAGCUGACUUCGUUGCCGGCUGCCUGGGAGGAUACGUGGUGGCCAUGGGUGGCCUUGGGAACCAGUCGUGCCCCCUGGACUCAGUGGAAGGGUUCAGCCUCACGCGGAGGAGGUGGGAGCUGCUGCCUCCCAUGCCCACUGGCCGCUGCUCCUGCUCCAGCUGCCCAGCCCCUGACCUGCUCUUCGUCAUCGGUGGGGUGGACCAGGGCCCCAGUGGAGCUGUCGAGGCUCUCUGCCUGCGUGAUGCACCCUGACAAUGGCUCUACAGCCUGGGGAGCAGCCCCAGCAGAGCAUCAAGUGCCUGAAGACGGGGACAGGGUGCGCACAGCUCCAGGAAGCUGCCGUCCCGUGAUACUGAGUUCUGCAGCAGCCAUGGUUUCUUGCGAUGCAUCAGAAACCCCUCCAGGCUCCCACAGCAGCGGAGCCCAGGGGCAAAUCCUGGUGCCCAGGGAGGGCCAAGGCUGCUGGCAUGGGGAGCCACGGAGGUAGGGCUGUCACUGGCCAUGCUGCCCCCUCCGGCCCCGUGUCCGUGCCAUGUGUGUAGCAGUGAGUGCUGUGUCGUUGUAGACCCAGUCAAUGUCUCAUGUAGCACAGAGGUGCCCUGUAGCUCAGUGCCUAGGAGGUGAUGUAGCACCUCGAAUAAAUGAAAUGUGAAGUUUUA